CCUACAAGAUAGCCAUUAGUUAUCUAUUUUAGUUGAGCUAACAUCGAAGAGGUACAAUAUGUUUUUGCUCUACAUUUUUCUGUUGUUCAAUUGGUCCUCGGCAGCUGAAUUCUCACCAGUGAUACAAACUACCAAAGGACCGGUGAAGGGUCUCGUUUUGACGACCAUCAGAGAAUCUAAGAAAUAUCAUUCCUACAGAGGUAUUCCUUACGGCAAACCACCAAUUGGACAUCUUCGAUUUAGACCACCUGUCGAGAUAGAUCCAUGGACCAAAGAGUUCGAUGCCACAAAGGAUGGUCCUAUUUGUCCACAAAUGCAGAAUAACAAAUUCAUCGGACAAGAGGAUUGUCUGAAUCUCAAUGUCUAUACUCCGCAGAUUCCUAAAGAUGGGAAAGACACUAAUCUCAAAGCUGUUAUGUUUUGGAUUUUCGGGGGAGCAUUCGUUGUUGGGGCACCUUCGAAAUUUUAUUACUCUCCUGAUUAUCUGAUUGAAGAGGACAUCGUAGUCGUCACUGUUAAUUACCGGUUAGGUGCUCUUGGAUUUUUAGCGUUGCAACAUCAAAAUGCAACUGGUAACGCAGGCCUAAAAGAUCAAAAUCUUGGUCUGCGAUGGGUUCGGGAUAAUAUAGCAAAAUUUGGUGGUGAUCCAAACAAGGUGACGAUAGUUGGUGAAAGUUCUGGUAGCGUUAGUGUAGAUCUUCAUUUACUUUCAGAAAAAUCGAAAGGUUUAUUCCGUAGUUCAAUCGCUAUGAGUGGGGUAUCGUUAUGUUAUUGGGGAUUCAGUAUACCAAAAGAUGCAACAAAAAGAGCUUACACAUUUGCUAAAGAACUUGGAUCCACAGCUACGAACGUUGAUGAGUUACUUGAAUUUUAUUAUAAAGUCGAUGUAGAAAAUUUGACUAGAACAAUUUCAAACACAACGAAACUGAAUAUUCCCUUGAAGCCAACUCUGGAAAAUCCAAAUUACGGUCCAGAUUGGUUCUUAACCGAAUGUUCAUUAAAGAAAUACAGAUCUGGAAAUUAUAAUCACGGACCUCAAAUGUUAGGCUAUACCAAAGACGAAGCUCUUUUUUUCGUAGAUACAAUGGAAGAUACUCUCGAUUGUGUGAAAUUUUCUUGGACAUACGCUUUACAACUUGGAAUUACAAAAAUCGACAUGCCAAAUAUAGAAGAUGGUAUAACGAAUGCCACCUUACGUCAAAUCAUAAAGACUGCUACGGAAGUUCUGUUUAUAUCUCCUAUAGAUUACAAGGAAAAAUUAAUGGCAAAAUUCGACGAUCCUAUUUAUUAUUAUCGAUAUGAUUUCAUUUAUAACAAAUCGCUACACAAAAUCUUAAUUGGGAUUGAUAUAGAGGGUGCUGCACAUGGUGACGAUUUGGAAAUGCUAUUUUAUUCAGAUACAUACCAAGUAAAUCCCAAUGCAAAGAACAGGAUGACUCUGUUACAAAAAAGGAUGACACGUUUGUGGACGAAUUUUAUUAAAUACGGAAAUCCAACUCCAGAUGGUACCAACGAUACUUUACUAAACGUUGUUUGGCCAGAUUCGAAAAAAUCUGGCAAAAUGUUGUCGUUGAACGAUGAUUUGGAAAUACAUGAUCGAUACAAGAGUUCUGAUAUUACUAUGAUUGAAAAUGGUCUACAAUUAAACGGUGGACCGAGAGACGGAUGUGAUAUUGAAUGGGAAACUGAGCUAAUAAUGACGACGUACAGUAUAUUCUUACUAUAUGUUUUUCUCUUAUUUUAUUGGUCCUUGGCAGAUGAGUUUUCACCAGUGAUACAAACUACCAAAGGACCAGUGAAGGGUCUCGUUUUGACGACCAUCAAAGAAUCCAAGAAGUAUCACUCCUACAGAGGUAUCCCUUACGGCAAACCACCAGUUGAACAUCUUCGAUUUAGACCACCUGUCGAAGUAGAUCCAUGGACCAAAGUAUUCGAUGCUACAAAGGAUGGUCCUGUUUGUCCACAAAUAUAUAAUAACACAUUUAUCGGCCAAGAGGAUUGUUUGAAUCUCAAUGUCUAUACGCCGCAGCUCCCAAAAGAUGGAAAAGAUAUUAAACUCAAAGCUGUUAUGUACUGGAUUCAUGGGGGUUCCUUUAUUCAUGGAAUAACUUCGAAAUUCUAUUACUCUCCUGAUUAUCUGAUCGAAGAAGACAUCGUAGUCGUCAUUGUUAAUUACCGGUUGGGCGCUCUUGGAUUUUUAGCGUUGCAACAUCAAAAUGCAACUGGCAACGCAGGCUUAAAAGAUCAGAAUCUUGGUCUAAAAUGGGUUCGCGACAACAUAGCAAAAUUUGGUGGUGAUCCAAACAAGGUGACGAUAGUUGGUGAAAGUGCUGGUAGUGUUAGUAUAGGUUUUCACAUACUUUCAGAAAAAUCGAAAGGUCUGUUCCGUAGUUCAAUCGAAAUGAGUGGGGUACCAUUAUGUUAUUGGGGAUUCAGUAUACCAAAAGAAGCAACAGAAAGAGCUUACACAUUCGCUAAGGAACUUGGAUCCACAGCUACGAACGUUGAUGAGUUACUUGAAUUUUAUUAUAAAGUCGAUGUAGAAAAUUUGACUAAAACAAUUUCAAAUGCAACGCUGGUGGAUCCUCCGUUAAAACCAACUCUAGAGAAUCCAAAUUAUGGUCCAGAUUGGUUCAUAACUGAAUGUUCUUUAAAGAAAUACAGAUCUGGAAAUUAUAAUCACGGACCUCAAAUGUUAGGCUACAACAAAGACGAAGCUCUUGAAUUUGCAGGAUCAUUAGAAGAUAUUCGCAAAAGUUUUAAUAUAUCUUCGGAACUCGCUUCUGAUCUUGGUAUUAAAAACAUCGAUCUGUUGAAUUUAAACGAAGACAUAGCGAAUGUCAGCAUACAUAAACUCAUAAAGGUUACUUCUGAAAUCUCGUUUAUGGCUCCUAUAGAUUACACGCAAAAGUUAAUGGCAAAAUUCAAUGAUCCUAUUUAUUACUAUCGAUAUGAUUUCGCUUAUAACAAAUCCUUACACAAAGUCCUAGAUCACAUUGAUAUAAACGGUGCCGCACACGCCGAUGAAAUUGAAAUGAUAUUUUAUUCAGAUUUAUUCCAAGUAAAUCCCAAGGCAAAGAACAGGAUGACAUUGCUACAACAAAGGAUGACUCGUUUGUGGACGAAUUUUGUUAAAUACGGAAAUCCAACUCCAGAUGGUACCAACGAUACUUUACUAAACAUUGUUUGGCCAGAUUCGAGAAAAUCUGGUAAAAUGUUGUGGUUAAACGAUGAUUUGGAAAUACAUGAUCGAUACAUGACUGUGAUUAUUAAUGUAAUUGAAUUAGGCUUGAAAUUAUUCGGCGAUAAUAUAAACGGAUGUGGUAUAAACUGGAAUGUAAUAUAAAUAACAUACAACUUUUAAUUUUAAAUUAAUUUUUGUCCUAAAUAAACAAUUAUUGUGAAUCAUUAA